UAGGGUCUUGACUCAGUCUUGUUCGUGUUUUCAAAACAUUACAAUCUUGGGCGCUCAUGUGACUAGCAUAGUUGUACGGGUUAUAGUCCAAGGGGAAGCAAUGUAUUACAUAGUACGUUGUCCACCAGUACGCACAUGCCCCAUAUAGCCACACAACUACAUACGUGCAGCUCCUAUCGUCUGGAAAAGGAUUUAAUUUUCUAAUAAAAUGCUACGAGUGCUUUAUCAAAGUGAAGAGGUGUUACCUCUCCUUGCCUCUGAGAAAAAAAGCUCUAACGAAGUCAAUGUCGGUGAACAAGUGAUCGCUUAUCCCAUAGCUGUUAUAUUCGUGCUCAUCUCCAAAUUUCUGGAGGCGCUAGGUGCUAACGGAAUAAGAACUGUACUCGCUCUCUAUCUGCGGGACGACCUUUACGUGUCGGAAUCACUAGCCACUAUCAUCCUGCACAUAUUCAACUUCUUCAGUCAAUUUUGCCCAAUUUUUGGUGCGAUCUUAGCUGAUAGUUAUAUUGGGAAUGUGAAGUCCAUUUCUUUCUUCUUCGUUUUGUAUGCGUUCGGAUGGAUCGGAUUAUUUGCUACAUCGUUUCCAGUUCCAGUUUCGGUGAUUCUGCCAGUAAUCGUCUCCUUACUAUUCAUUGCAACAGGGAAUGGAAGCAUUCGUGCCUGCGUCACAUCGCUUGGUGCUUUACAAUUCCGAUUACCCGAACAAAGUGAUGAUCUCGCCAAGUAUUUCUCACAUUACUACUUUGCCUACUAUGCGGGUAUAUUUUUAAGUAAAAUUCUACCACCUUCAAUCCGAUCUCAUACAAAGUGCUUCGGAAAAUCUGACUGUUAUCCAGCAGUGUUCGGAACGCUGGCAUUAAUAUUUUUCACAUCAUGGAUGGUGUUUCUUUAUGGGAAGCUUUACUAUCGACGAGAAUAUCCUGCUCAAGAGAACAUCGUCUUACGGGUCUGUGGAUGUAUGAAGCAUGCAAUAAGGACGCGAUUGAGCGGUGUCAACUUAAACAAAGCCCAUUGGUUAGAUUAUUCUGUAGAUAAGUAUGAUGUCCAAUUCGUGGAAGACGUAAAGCAACUGAUUAAAGUUGCCCAAUUGUUUCUUCCAUUACCAAUCUAUUGGGCUAUGUUGGCCCAACAAGACUCUAGUUGGACAUUCCAAGCCACGCAAAUGAAUACCCAAAUUCUAGGGUACCGACUCGAACCAGAUCAGGCAAAAGCAAUGGGACCCAUAUUUUUAUUUACUUUGAUCCCCCUGUGGCAAUAUUUGGUAUACCCAGUUUUAAAUCGUUGCGGCAUUUUCAUCCAUCCUUUACAUAGCGUCGCGAUUGGAGGAUUGUGCUCUGCGUUCAGUUUCAUAUUUUCCGGAUUUCUUCAAGUACAGAUUGAAAAUAGCCCACCGCAAACAUUGCACAUAAUAUGGCAAGCGCCUCAGUUCAUGAUGCUUAUGUUGGGAGAACUAUUUCUUUCUAUCCCAGGAUUGCAAUUUGCCUUCACUCAGGCACCUGCAUCCAUGAAAUCUGUGUUAACUGCUAGUUGGUUCGUGAAUAAUGCGGUUGGCAAUCUUAUCGUUGUAGCUAUAACGGAAUUCAAGUUUGUCAAUUUACAGAGUUCCGAAUACUUCAUUUACGCUAUUAUGAUGUUUGCAAGUAUGAUAGUAUUCACAAUAAUGGCAUGUGAUUAUAUUAAAAGUAGAAUAAGUCCGACACCCAGCGACAAUCCCUAGUAACGAUUAAGUCACUAUUAUAUGAAUAAAUGCGUAUAUAUUUGAAAUUUUUUUA